AGAGCAAAUGUUUCAAUGGAAUAGGAUUAAUAAUGCACUUUUCUUGUUUUACCCUCAGUUCUUUUUCCAUUUAUCGUAAAUGUGCGGCUGCAUGGUCGAUGAUGUCAUUGGGCUUGAUGCUGUUGAGCUGCACAGAAGAUGAGACAGGCCCGUCCUACUUUGAAAAGCUUUCCAACAACUGAGGCUGCAAGGAAGCAGCCACCUGCUGCAGCGUCCCCCACCCACUGCUGCUACGACAUCUGGCAGACAAGGCAGAGAGGCGGAGGAGACACACACUGAAGCAGCACUGCUGUUGUGCACAUCAACCAGGAGAGAAGACCAACAGACUGGCUGCACCGCUCUGUAACCAGACCAGGAACUCAGCGCUAAGUUUGCACACAUCACCAUGUCGUUUCUUUGUGUUUCUGCAGCUGCAGGUGGGGCUACAAAUGGAGUACGUGAAUCUGACAAACAGCUCAGAGAGCAACUCUGACUGUUCCUCCAUUGAUGACUUCCGUAACCAGGUUUACUCCACGGCCUACUCCCUCAUCACUGUGUUUGGCCUGGUUGGGAACGGUUUGGCCCUGGUGGUGCUGAUCAGAACGUACCGCCAGGGCUCCCCCUUCCAUGUCUACAUGCUGAACCUGGCUGUGUCUGACCUGCUGUGUGUCAUGACGCUGCCACUGAGAGUUAUCUACUAUGUGAAAAAGGGCCAGUGGGACCAGGGUGAUUUCCUGUGUCGCAUCAGCUCCUACGCUCUCUAUGUAAACCUCUACUGCAGUAUUUACUUCAUGGCUGCCAUGUCCAUCACACGUUUCUUGGCCAUUGUGUUCCCUGUGCAGAACCUGCGGCUGGUCACAGAAAGCCGUGCUCGCCUGGUGUGUGUGGGUGUCUGGGUGUUUACCUGUCUUUCAUCCUCACCCUUCCUGAUGUCUGGCCAGCAUUUUGACUCCGUCACAAAUAAAACCAAGUGCUUUGAGCCUCCACGAGGUGACGGUGUGCAGAAACUAGUCGUGCUGAACUAUUUGUCUCUGGUGAUGGGCUUUGCCCUGCCCUUCCUGGUCAUCCUGCUCUGCUACGCUGGCAUAGUCCGCGCCCUGCUGUCCCGCACCAAUGCCACCCGCCGCCAGCGGGGCACAGGUACCAGAGCCAUCCGAAUGAUCGUCAUCGUCCUGCUGACCUUCCUGGUCAGUUUCAUGCCGUACCAUGUGCAGCGCACCAUCCACCUACACUUCCUGUCCCGGACUGACAGCAACUGCUCUGAGAGGAUUGCCAUGCAGAAGUCCGUUGUGGUGACGCUGAGCCUGGCUGCUGCCAAUUCGUGCUUUGAUCCACUGCUUUAUUUUUUCUCUGGAGAGGGUUUCCGCAGUCGCUUGUCCUCCCUGCGCCAGUCAAUGAAGGGCAGCGCCAUGCACCGUAUAUCCAAGAAGAAGUUGGCCACAGAGCCAGAGUCUGGGGAAAACCACCAGCCAAGGGCCAGUUAAUUUACACCAGACAGCUGGGUCAUCAAGCAAGCAGCUUAUGAUACGUUUAAGGAGCUUAGCUUGUCUUAUGAAAGGCAGAAAAAAGCUAAAAAAUAUAUUAUAAGCUAAUUGGGGCUGGUUAACUGCGCUGGCCAGUAAGUGCUGUCUUCACAACAAUGGGUCUUCUUCCUCAAACGGUGAUCUGCUGUGAGGAGGAGUGAAGCAUCAUUACUUCUAAUUAGGGCUGGCCAAUAUAUCGAUAUCACAUCAACAUCAAUAUAUUAGACUAGAUAUUGUUUUAAAUUUUGGAUAUCGUAAUAUUGCAAUAUGACACAAGUGUUGUCUUU